AUGAACCUUGCUCAGAAACAUGUCCUCUUCGCCGCCUUCGCCGCUUUCGUCGCCUGGGGUUUUGCGGUGCGCUGGCUGCCGGUCUUGCGCUUUCUGGGAUAUGCCUUCACUGGCGGCUGCCUGAUCACUCUGGUCGCUCUUCUGGCAGCCAUCUUGACCGUCACUCGAUCGCGAGCAAGAUACCACCACGCCCACGCGCUCCCUGCAGCUUCUCCCGCUUUCCUGCUCCCCCCCAAAUGGCGUUCCGAACUGUCAAUCCUGCAAGCCUCCCGUCAGUACAAACCCAUCCAACUAUAUGACCAAUCAUUUGUCGUUUCUGAGGCACUAGACACUCUGCUUGGUCUUGCUUUGAGAGAUUUUGUGUCAUCUUGGUACGGAACGAUCACCAAGAGCCCGGUAUUUGUCAAUGAGGUGGACAAGAACAUCCGGGCCGCCUUGGCCGAGAUCAGAGAUCGAAUACUCAACGAAGACAUGGUCAAUGUUGUCGUAUCCAAGAUUGUCCCCAUCAUCACCACACAUUUGCGGGACUUUGAUCAAGCAGAGCGGGCAGUCCGAGGUCGCAGCUUGAAUCGCAGUGUCACCGAGUCGGAAGAGCUGGAGCUGGCCAUAGCGGCUAAAUACAAAGAUGGAAAGUUACAUCCCGCCGCUUCGCUCGCCUACUCCGACACCAAGAUCAUUCAGCAAGACCAUCUCCGGAAAGUAUUGGUGCGAAUUUUACCAGAUGUGCUGUCACCGAACACGAUAGGUAGCCGCGCAAGCUUGGUCCUGGUUAAGGAAAUCGUUUCCGGCGCUGUGUUGCUUCCCACCAUGCAACUUCUUGCAGACCCUGACACAUGGAAUCAAAUCGUCGAAGCUUAUGGACGAACCGCUUUACAAGAUCGGAAGACGGUGCGUAGAAUGAGGGCCGCCCUGGAUCAGCACGCGUCUCCGGUUCCGAGAAUCAAGCCCGACCAGGAAUCACCACGCCUGGCACCAAAUGACAGUGAACGCGCCUUUGAGCGUUUUGUUAGAGCCAUUCGCAAAACCAAGAAUCUGUCCGAUGCUCGGCGGUUUCGAAACUCGAUUGCCAGUCAGAUCCAACGCGAGAGCAUGGUUGAAGGUCAAGAUCCUGUCUAUUUGCGCAGGCUAGAAAUGGCCAAACGGGUGCUCGAUCAGAAAAUCACCAAACUGAGUCGAACACGAGCGGUCCCGCAAGCCCCUCAGCCCGACUCACGGCCAGGUCCGACCGCCAAACCUCACGAGUGGACGAUGGUCGAAAUCAUGCAUACCGCUUCAGGGUUGUCAUAUUUCAUGGAGUAUAUGGACCGGUUGCACCGUAUGUCGUUGGUACAGUUUUGGGUGGUGGUGGACGGAUUUCGCAAUCCUCUGGAGGACGACUUCGGGGAUGAAUUGAACCCCGCCUUGCAACAGAGCUGGACAGACGCGGACCGGAUGGACAUUGCUCAAAUCAGCGAAACCUACAUGUUGAAGGCGGAAUUAAACAUCCCACAGGAAUCUAAGGACGCCAUCAAAUCCUUUUUGGCUGCUGGCCGCAAAGCCACUCCACAACAAUAUCGAGCAGCCAGGACGGCAAUUCUAUCUGCACAGUCUGCCGUCUUGGAGGAAUUGGAAACUCGACAUCUCCCCAAUUUUCGGAAAUCAGAUCUCUAUUACAAGUUUCUCGCGUCUGGAGAAGCAUCGGCCAUGCGUCCUCGGCUCCAGAGUGCAGAUAGUAUUCUCGAGAUGAAUGACUCGGCUUUGGCAACCGCCCCAAAAGCGCCAACACAAGCCCCCGCGAUGACGAGGACCAACUCUCAAACUGGUGCUCGAGCCAAAGAUCUGAAGCGAGCCGCGGUGUCCUCGUCAGAUGUGCGCAGUUUGGCUUCUUCCAAACUGUUUGAUGAUGGCGAUUUCGCCAAACGUGGCCCUUCCGCACCACUCUUCGACGACGGGUACGACACUGAUCCAUUGGCACAUUCCACCCACAGCCUCGGCCAUGAAUCGUUGAAUGGUGAUUCGGUGGAGCAGCGCCAGGUUAUCGAAAGCAUGGAAGCAGCCAUGAAUAAUAUCAUGACCGACAGUCCAAUGGAAGAUAGCAUGAGCUAUGACGACGAUGCGCUUUUUGGAUCUCCCACGUCAGGUUCGAGAUCGACCAAGACGAUGGAGUCGCCGCGAAGUUCUCUCGAUUUUCAAAGUAUGGAUACCGCAAACAAACCGAAACCGAGCUUAGCCACCCUCGGACUGGUCAACACCUCGUCCCGAAUUGGCGUGUUUUCCGACAAUGACCUUUUCCCCGAUGAAGAAAAAUUUAUUGAAGAUGAAUAUGUGGAUAACGAUGAGACGAAGGAAAACGAUGUCGAUGAAGAUGCAAUUCACGAAGCAGCCCCCGGAGAUCUGGGACUUGCGGAAGCUAUCACGGCACUCAACAAUGAUAUUGAACGCCUGGUGUCUCAAGAAUCUGUGGUCGACGCCCUCACCCGCAAAGCUGAAUUGACCAACAACGUGGCUGAGCUCAGGAUUCUCAGCAAAUCCAAGUCAAGUCUCCAAAGAGAGAUUCGACGAAAGGAACUGCAACGUCAACAGUACAUCGUCCAAGAAAGUGACAAUUCUUUAUAUGGCCGAUCUAGCAUUUCAAUCAAGUCUGUCGUGGUAGGCAAAGAGGAUGAUGGGCGAGAAUUCGCUUUGUAUGUCAUUGAGGUCCAAAGACAAGCCGGGGACCAGAUGCCGGCCGCGCUGUGGGCAGUGCCGCGUCGAUACUCGGAAUUCCACGAUUUACAUCAAAAAUUACGCCGCAGAUAUCCCUCCACCAGGAGUCUGGAGUUUCCUCGGCGGAGAGUUGUGAUGAAGCUUCAAAAGCAAUUCCUUCAAAAUCGACGACAGGCUUUAGAGCACUACUUACAACAACUCCUUCGAAUGCCCGACGUGUGUCGAAGUUGGGAGUUGAGGUCAUUUCUCUCACAGCAAAGCAUCACGUCACACCAACGCGCAAACAGCGCCUCCGACGCACAAGACAUCGUCACCCGAAUCUAUAAUUCAGUCACUGACGGCAUGGAUGAAUUCCUCGGGAAUGUUUCAGUGCUCGAUCAACUAUCGGUUGCCGGGCAGAAUCUGAUCUCCGCGGCGACGAAUCAACUUGGAAUUCACCAAGGUGAUAUAGUUCCCAUGGACCCUGGCCCAAUUGCGGAAGCCGAGGCCGAAUUGUCGGCCUUUGAGGACAAAGAAUUGGAACCAUUCGUCAAGCCCAUUUGCGAUAUUUUCCUUGAGACUUUCGAGCUCAACCGAGGAAACAAUUGGCUCCGUGGUCGUGCCGUGAUUGUCGUUCUUCAUCAAUUACUCGGCGGCACCAUAGAACGCAAGGUUCGAGAGAUCGUCAAAUCUUUCACGCAAGAGGACGCGCUCUUGAAAUACAUUGACUUGAUCAAAGAAACCAUGUGGCCUGGAGGCGGGAAGAUGAGGGAAGUACAACCACGGACGGCUGCCGAAAAGAAGAAAUCCAAAUCGGAAGCGUCCAUGAUGUUGGCGACGCUCGUGCCUGAUUUGGCUGCUAAUGUGGUAGGAAGAGCUAAUGCCCAAGCGGCCGCUAGAAGAAUUUCGGCCACCAUGAACAAUGCCCGACUCAAUCAGCAUCUCCUUUUUACUAUUCUGGACGAACUUAUUGGCGUCCUCUUCGAUCCUUCCAAGAAAGGAUUCGGAUGA